AUGGGCUAUAGGGAGAGAGAGCCCACCGCCAUGCCACCCCUUGCCCAACAACCCAUCUGAUCUUCUUGGGGCAUCCCGGAAGCUGGAGGCUCAAGGUUGUUUUGCUUCUGUUAUCCAUCAGGAGAGAAUGAACAGGCUCCUCUCCUGUCCCGCAUUCCCCCUUUAGCCCUGGAGCAUGCCUGAGUUUCCUCAUCUGUAUAAUGGGGACAAGAACAGGGAGGCAAUAAGGAGGAAUGAUGCUGACAGGUAAAGGGGCUUGCUGGGUGGCCAGACCUGCGAUGAGCCUGAGCCUACAGAGCAAACCCACAGCAUAGAUGCCAUUGUACCCAUUUUACAGAUGAAUAAACUGAGGCCAGGAUGUGGUCACUUCCUCAAAGUCUCUAAACUCAACACUGGCAGAGCCAAACCUCUAACCCGAGUGUGACUGAGGCUGAAGUCCAUGCUUCCAACCCACAGACUUCAUGUUUCUUUUCAGCACAAGAGACUUGGCACAGAUAGCUUUUGGAAACUCAAAUGCUUUUAAAAAAUACUUAGCAUCUACUCUGAUGUAACCCCAAGCCAGGUGCCUUGAAGAGUCCAAAUGGAGGAUCAGACCCUAUCCAAGCACUCAAACAGCGAGGAAUGAGUCUUGUUCCCACUUGAAAGGAGAAUGGGCAGGAUGAAGCAGAUUCAGCUGGUCUGGGCUGUGAGAGGCCAGGGAAGCCUUCCUAGAAGAAGCGGCCUGAGCGCAGCCUACCACUCCUGAUUCCCCUCUCAGUGUGAGGGGCUGCCAGCAUCGAUGUGGCCCUCUUUCGGGCCAGAGGCUGGGGGCCCAGGCCCGGUUCUAUUGUUAACUCUCUGUGCUGCUCUGGGCAAGUGCCUUCACCUCUCUGAGCCUCAGUUUCCCCGUCGGAAAAAUAAGACAUGUGACAUUCUAAGGCUUGUGGCUGAGGCUCCAGUAUAUAAAUCAGGCAAAUUCCCCAUUUGAGCAUGAACCUCUGAAAACUGCCGGCAUCUAAGGUCUCCUUCAAGGCCCUCUGGAGUGCAGCCCAUAAUGAAGGUCUUGGCGGCAGGAGUCGUGCCCCUGCUGCUGGUUCUCCACUGGAAACACGGGGCCGGGAGCCCCCUUCCCAUCACCCCGGUCAACGCCACCUGUGCCACCCGCCAUCCCUGUCCCAGCAACCUCAUGAACCAGAUCAGAAACCAGCUGGGACAACUCAACAGCAGUGCCAACAGCCUCUUUAUCCUCUAUUACACGGCCCAGGGGGAGCCCUUCCCCAACAACCUGGACAAGCUGUGCAGCCCCAACGUGACUGACUUCCCGCCCUUCCACGCCAACGGCACGGAGAAGGCCCGGCUGGUGGAGCUGUACCGCAUCAUAGCGUACCUGGGCGCCUCCCUGGGCAACAUCACGCGGGACCAGAAGGUCCUCAACCCCUACGCCCACGGCCUGCACAGCAAGCUGAACACCACGGCUGACGUCCUGCGGGGUCUUCUCAGCAACGUGCUCUGCCGCUUGUGCAGCAAGUACCACGUGAGCCACGUGGACGUGACCUACGGCCCCGACACCUCGGGCAAGGACGUCUUCCAGAAGAAGAAGCUGGGCUGUCAGCUCCUGGGGAAGUACAAGCAGGUCAUCGCCGUGCUGGCCCAGGCCUUCUAGACGGGAGGUCUUAGAUAGUAGGGGACUCUCCAACUGCAGCCGUGGCCCAGAGCACUGCCAGACCUGAGUGGGGGCCGCUGGCAGACCCCUGAGGGGGUUCCUGGCUGGUCCACUCCCCUCCAGGGUGGGCCGCCACGAAGCCGAGCAGAGCCAGAACUCCCAGAGGCAGAACCUAUAUGUGGUGCCAACUAGAAAGGAAGGCGCCCCUUCUUCUGGGAGACUACAGCCGGGCACGCAGUGUCGGGCUGGAUUUUGGCCCCUGACUCAUCCCCUCGGCCAGGGUCUUUGAGAGCAAACCCCGAAAGUUGUCUCUGGUGACCUUGACCACGGGGCGAGACAGCAGGGGUCGGGGGCACUAACCUGCGACCCCCCAGCAGAAUGACCACCAUCAGUGCCUUGGCUGACCUUGAAAGGUCUGGUUGGAGCUCAGGCAGCCCGGAGGGGCUGGGAUCCGGAAGGACCCUUGGCUCCUGCAGGUAUGGCGAGUUGGAAGUCUAGAACGGGAGCUGUGGUUUGAGAUGCUGCCUUGCUUGGGCGAGACUGGGGAGUUCAGGCCUACAGCUCUCAGGUGGAAGGUUCCAGAAGGAGGCCACAUAGCCCUCCAGGCUCUCGGGGAGGCAGAGAGAGGCCACAUGUAGGCCGGGGAAGGAAGAGAGGCCCUUGAAAGUCUUGACGGGCUCCCCUUCCUUGAGCCCAAAGUCUGUCCUGCCAUCCUCACUGGCCACGGGGUCUAGGGGCUGGACCUGGAGGCACGGUGUGUGGGGGCGGGCAGGUUGCAAAGUCAGGUGAGGAGGUUCUGAGGGGAUCCAGAGUCUUGUGGGCGAGGGUGUGCGGAUGGAGUAGGUCAGAGUGGCAGCUCCCGUCUGAGGCCCACCGAGGCCCCGUGAGGUCACACAGAGGUACGCCGGGGGCACCAGAGGCCAUCCGUCGCUGGUCCCUGGAGCAGGGGGACGGUGGGAGUUGAGGUCAGGGUCUCAGAAGCCUGAGAGCCGAGAGUGCCAUGUGCCUGACUCAGCAUGAUUGUCUAUUUAUUUUGAUGCCCUAUUUAUAUUAACUUAUUGGUGCUUCAAAUGGCAAAAGUUCACCCCCUCACCCCCCUUUCCCUGCUCCCCUUUCUCCAACGGAAAUAAUAUGAUGGCUCCUCCUAUGGGAGCUGGGGGCCAGGCCUUCGCAGGACCUGGUCUGGAAGUCAAAGAUGUUACAAGGUACGGUGAGCCUUACGGGUGAAGCUCAGAGAAGGGUUAGGAGCUGAGAGCACUGGUCAGUCUGGGUGGGGGCAGGGGACCUGACGCCAACCCCCACUGCAACUGUGACCGGCUCUGGGGGCCGUCAUGUUCCUUGGCUCCAAGGGACUCAAUCAACACUGCGUUCUCGGUGCCCCUGGGACUGUGCUGCUGGAGGAGACCUUCACGGCGGAGACAAAGCCCUGGGCAAGGCAAGCUGCCGCUGUUUCUUUUGCCCCGGGCGCCUCUAGACCAGCAGUCCAGGGGCCCCAGAACAGUCCUGACCAGCACCCAGUGGGAGGCGCCUUCUCCGGUGGCCUGAACACCCGCAGAGGGCAAGCGGGCCUGGCUGCGUCUCGGGAAGCCGGGGCGGCCCUGGGGAGGAGGCCCCUGCUCCGGGGAGGAGGACGAGGAGGCCCCGGGACGCAGACCAGGAAGCUGUGGUCCCUCCUGCCCCACCUCCCCCAAACCCCCCACCCAUGUCUGGGUUCCCAGGCAGGGAACCGGAUCCUGUUCCUUUGUGCCGGGGCCAGGCGCUCCGAUCAAUGCCCUCCGGUCUGGGAGCUGGGGCUGCUGCUAAGAUCAGGGUUCUGGCUUCUUCUCAAACCCUGAGCGGGGCGGCGAGCCUUGCCGUUCAGCCAGCGCGAUUAUGGUACUUUUGCACUCACUUUGCACCUCUCUGUCACCUCUAAGCACUUUACUUGUGCCCAGUGCCCAUCGGGACGGCCCGUCCCAUUGGCAAGACUUUUGCGGCGGGUGGCAGAGCAGACCACGAUGGGUUAUGUGCUUUCCGACACCGUCUUAACGAGGGUCACCCCCAGCCUUGUCCAGGAUCUCAGCCUGCCGUCCCCCCCCAUCACUCUGCUCAUCCCAUGAACGUGGCUCGGAAGGCUUGGGGCCGCCUGGCCUCCCAUCAUCUCAUCACCCCUGGACACAGACUCCUGGUGCUGGGCCCACCUGGGCAGCCUCCGAGGCUCGGGGGACCAGCAAUUCACCCCACUCCCACCCCUCCCCAGGCCCGGCCCCGGCUCUGCCUCUCACCCGCUCCCCCAGCCUCAGUGCUCUUUGCAGACCCCGUCUGGCAGAUGGGCACCCACUUUGCACAGCAUCUCUGAAAUUUUGGAGCCUUUGUAUGGGAAAAGCUUGGCAGGGCAGGAAGCUGUCCACUUCCUCCUUUGUUUCAUCUGCUGGUUUUGACCUGCACCUGUAUCCUGGGUCACGACCCCAGCCUGCGGAGGAGAGGGCAGCAGGUGGGACUGUCUUUUUUUUUUUUUUUUUUUUUUUGCAGUUGAUUGAAAGAGCGGUAUUGGGGACCUUAUUUAUUUAAAAAAGAAAUUUAAAAUGAGAAAGCACCACUAUUUAUUUGUCUCUCCUCCUCCUUGUCCUUGUCCCCCUCUUCUUGUCCCCUCCCUGGGGAUGUGCCCCCAGAUAGAAGUCCAGCUCUGCCUUGGGGCUCUCCACAAUAGACAUCGCGCGUGGGGCUGGAGGCCAGAACCAAGCAAGAAAUUAGCUUCCCUUCAGAUGGUACAGAUGCCUUUCACUUCUGGAUCCCCCCACCUCCCCCCCCCCCCCCCCCCCCCACCGCCCCUGUACCUGGGCAUCGCUCCCAUCCACACGGUGAGCUCUGCGCAUCCUUCCCUGCUUCCCUCCCUCCUUUCUACUGGAGAGGACUUGGCCUUGGGGGACAAAUUCCUCUUUGAUGAAUGUACCCUGUGGGAAUGUUUCAUACUGACAGAUUAUUUUUAUUUAUUCAAUGUCCAUAUUUAAAAUAUUUAUUUUUUAUACUGAAGGAAUACUUUUUUUUUUAAAAGAAAAAAAAAGAGAAAUUAAUAAAGAAUCUGCUCUUGGCAAGCUUUCUGGAUUGUAUUCUUGUGGGGAGACAGGGCUGGACGGGCCGGCGGGAAGAGGAGGUGCUUCCACUGGGCCAGGGUGUCCGCGUGGGUGGGAGCAGGGUGGGCAGAUCGUGGGCGCAGUCAGGACAAAGUGGGUGUCGCCAGGAGGCCCUGUCCGGCUCUCCCACUGGCGCCCCUGUUCACCUGGGGACCCCCUUUCCCUGUAACCUUCUUCCCAGCCACCUGGGACCCCUUCCUUGGGGAACAAGAGAGUCUGGAACUGGACGGCCACAGAUUUAGGGGCUCUGGAGAAGCCCCCAGUGUCUCUUGGUCCUUUGCUCUGGGGUUUGGGUCCAGGGCUCCCCCAGCUGAGAUUCCUUUAGGGGUGUGGGCAGUUUUCCUAGAGCCAUCUACAUGCUCUUUCAGGAAUGUUUGUCAAUGGCAGGUCACCUGUAGAUUUCCAAAGGUGCGUAGGAUACAGUUCAUGCCUCUGGAAGCUCCCAGGCCAGUGGGACAGUGACUGAGUGUGUGUGUGUGUGUGUGUGUGCUCCUAGGCCAGUGGGACAGUGAGUGUGUGUGUGUGUGUGUGUGUGUGCGCGCGCGUGUGUGCGCGCAUGCUCACUGAUGGAAAUGGCACAGAGAAGGCCCUGAGCAAGGUGGAGACGCCCCGGCUGCCCAGCUGGCCGAGACCCUCUGCUCUCUGCUGCUCUAUGUACAGUGAAGGGCCUGGGCUCGCAGCCGCACUGGCCUCGCCUGGCGGGGAUCACGAAGGCCUCGUCUCCGCUCCUUGUUAAAGGGCAGGUUUCAAUUUGGCACAUUUGGGUGGGGAGGGGGCGGAUUCUUGCUGAAUUGAAAGUUGCCCUUGAAAAAGAGUCCAGGUGACGCGAGUGUACCUUAAAGCCCAGGAAGGGCUGCCCUACCCCUCCUCCACCUCUCCCUCCUCCUGAGCCCGUGACACCAAGACGCCAAGCGCUGCCAAAAGGCACCCGUGGGCCAGGAGCUAGAGGUGCUGCGAUGGAUCUGAUGAAUCCGUGGGAGGAGAUGGAGAAAAGAGAACCCAGCUCAGACCCUGGUGCCAUCUCUGCAGGGGAGAGGGGGGUCCUCGCCCCAGGGAGGGCAGCAUCCUCUUUGUCCUAAAGAGCAGAGAGAGCAUCUUACACCAGAAGGCACGUCAUAAAAAUACUGAUAAAGAGGAUCAACGUGGGAGAAGACAGAGACAGAAAACGAAGUCCACAGAGACAAAGAAAAUACAUGUUUCCCAUCACAAGGGGCUACAUAAUGACCAUGGCUGAGUUUCAGAGUUGGCUCUGAGAUUCCUGGCAGUUGAAGGAAAAAGGGAAAUGUGAUCUAUUAUGCAAUUCUCAUCGUUAGAAACGAGGAGGUUUUCUUGAGCCUCAAGGAAAACAGCCUGUCCUGGGACUGUGUUCUGAAGGGGCUUCCUCCCUGGAGCCCCACAGAGGUAGUGGGUGAUGUGAUGGGUCCCACCUGCAGCGAGUGAAUUCCUGGGGGCUGUUUCUGCAUUGGUCUUUGCAAAAGCAAAGGCUCAGUAUCUACUACAAAUCCAGUGAUGGGGUUCAGUGAGAGUUCUGGAUGACACAGUUACAGACCAUGGCCCUGGCCUGACACCGGGAGUGAACUUCUGGGUCCCUAGAGUGCUGAGCAUGCCUCAGAAGCUCCCCCAUCCCCAGAAUUUCCAAAAACAUUUUUAUUGAUGUAUCACAUGCCUACAUCAUCUAAUGGACAUCAGAUGAGUUCCUUCCUCCUGGAGGAUUCUGUGAGGCCAGAGUGAUGCCAGGUAUGCGUGAGGAGACGGGGUGGGACGGAGACGUUGUGAUGAAGACGGGCGUUUGGGGGGGUCCGUGGGCCUCCAGCCUCUCUCCCCACUUCCUUCCAAGGCUACUCGGGUCCCGGGGGCCCCCGGCCUCAGUGUCCAGGACACUUCCCGUGCACCCUCUGGCCCGAGCACAGCCCAGCUUGAAUCUGUCGCUUUGACUUGGGGGAAGCACCGCCCUGCCCUGGCCAGGCUUCAGGGGCCAAAUAUUUCAAUUAUGAGGACGCGGUCAGGCCCUGCCCACUCCAGCCUCAGUGAUGGCGGCGAGGAGAGGAUGUCCCCGGCGGGAGCGGUGGGCGGCGUGCGGGGGGAGCCGCAGACGGGAGAGGGGAUGAGAGGCUGAGCAGACAGGCCCUCUCCGCUGGCUGAGAACAAAACCGCUGGCUGGGAGGAAAAUAUGUGUGAGGCAUUCUUGCAAUUCCAAGAGGCUCCGUCCAGCUCCUGCCCAGACGGUCAAUGAAUCAAAGCCCGGGGGGCCCUACCUGUCAGCAGGUUUUCUCCGGCCCCACCACUCACCGGGCCCCACCUCUCCAGCCCCACAAGGCCAGCUGGAACACUCCCAGUUCCCCAGGAGGACGGCUGUUCAAAGACGAGUGACUCACCGGCCAAGAGCAGAUGAGGGCAGCCCUCCAUCUCCACCUGCUCUGCUCCCCCUCCACCGCCUUGGAGAGGGGGCAUCACCCGCUGCAGGGGUUUAAUGGUGCCCCCCCACACCCCCCACACCCAGGAACACACACGUCCACGUCGGAAUCCCUGGAACCUGGGCAGUUGUGUCCGUAUUUGGGAAAAGAAUCUUCGCGGGUGUCACUGAGUUAGGGAUAUCUCGAGGUGAGCUCAUCUGGGGAGUUUUCAAGUGAGCCCGCAGAGCAAGGACAAGUGUCCUUAUAAGAGACACACAGAGGACAGGAGAGGAGACCCAGGUGAAGGCAGAUGCAGCCACACGCCAAGGAAUGCCUGGGGCCACCAGAAGCUGGAGGAGGCGGGGCGGAUCCUCCGCUGGAGCCUCGAGAGGGAGCUCAGGCUUGCCAACCCCUUGAUUUAGGACUUCCAGCCUCCAGAACUGUGAGAGAGGAAACUGUUCAAGCCACCCAGUUUGUGGGAAUGUUACAGCCGCCCUAGCACACUCACACACCCGUCUACCCCCUCGAAGGAGCCCUGCGUUUUCAUGUUGCAAAUCACGCUGCCGGCCCUGCCCAACUUCACCUUCUCCGCUGACCUCCCUGACGAGGCUGCCUCCCUUCCUCUGGCCACGUGGCGUAGUGGUCUGCUAAAGGUCCCAUCUGAUCACCGCACGACACCUUUGCUCUGGCUCUUGCCUUUGUUGAGAACGUCCUUCCUCCUCUGCUACGUGGGAAAUUCUGGUCCUCCAAGGCCCAGCUCAAAUGUCACCUCUUCCAUGAAGUCUUCCUUGACUCCUUCCCUUUGACCAUCCUAAGUCCGUUUUAGCUCCAAUUGUAUAUUCACACAGGGCUCUAGAAUUCACCAAACUCUUCCUUUAUAUGAUCAUGUUUCACAAGGAUAAUGAUACCUACUGUUGGUUG